CCGUCGACAACAUCAAAAUAAGAAGGCAAAAAGCCUUCAUUAUAUUGGUUACAGCCAUUUCCUGACAACUCAAUUUCGUGCUUCGAAGAUUUGGAGAUUCUGAGGGGAGGUCGAUGGCAGCGUAGAAAUGGGCAAAUUGGGUGCUUAAUUUAAAUAGCCCAAAAAAGAAUAAAAAAAUUAUAAUGUCAGGCGUGAUGCUAGCCUCUUACCUAGUUGCCAGCCGUACAUCAUAGACUGAUCACUUGUGGACGGUUCUUGAUGUAAGUGGUAAGUGAAACAUUUUAAAGUUUGAAUUUUUUUCCCUUCAUAGAAACGUGAGUCAUCUUCUUUGUUAUUCCUUUGUCGGCAUUCCCAAUCAUUUAUGGUACGUGAGGCGGCCACCGACCUUAGAGUUUAGAUAUUUUCUCUUCCCCAUGCCAUUACGGUGUCACAACCUUUUUGGAAAUUGGUGUAUUUCCCAAAUUUCCACUUGUCAAUCCACAAAUUUAGGUGGGGGGGGGGGGGGGGGAAGGGGCUGCGACGCCGAUCAUCAAGAAGGUCGGAGCCUGAGACUGGCGACUUCGAUCCGUGGCCGACGUCGGCAGGAUUUAAAAAAUCUAAAAAGAAAGGUAUACACAGCAGCUGUUAACAGCUUUACACCAAUGGUGACCAAAAGUGCUUUUGAGUUUUGGUGUUUUCAUCUUUCAGACAUAUCCUACAGUUAUCCCUUAUCUGUACAAAGUUUUGCUGUGCAAUCUCCAGCAUCACCAACCAACACCCAAGUUGCAAAAACUUCAUUCUGUACGAACCGGCUGAAAAAAAAAAGGACAAAAACCAAUGACAAAUGAAAGGAAAAAAUGGAUCCAUGAAAUCAAGACAUGAACGUCAGUAAUUUGUAUUUUCCCUUUCUUUCGACAGUCUGAAAUAAUCUGCUACCUUUUCUUCGGCUUGAUUUGAUUACAACUUUCUCAGUAAUUUUACUUCAUAUAGAAUCAUAAUCCUUAAUGAGUUUUUAAGUAUAUAUUCUUUUUACAUGAUCAGAGAACUAGAAUCCCCAACCUUUCUGUACUGAUUAAGAUUUUAUUAAAACAAAAAACACUUGAUUAAAAUGUUAAGCGGAUGCAUAUUGUAUGAUUGCUUAAAUCCUCAAUGGAUUUUUUAGGAUAUAUUCUGUUCGUCAGAUAACUUGAAUCUCUAAAUUUUCUAUAAUGAUUAAGAUUUUUUAGUAAAAACACUUGACUGAAACUUUAAGCGGAUGUACAUUACAUGAUCGAUUGAAAACUAAAAGCAUAGCUCUUCAGUUGAAGCAACUGCUUGGACUUUAAAAUUUGUUUUUCUAUAUGUAUGAAAAUUUGAUGUUAACAACUCUGACUCUAUGUUGCUUUAGUUGCAAGAAAAUCUUACUGUAUAUAUUAAUAUUUGAAUCAAUCAUACUUUGGGAAAUAGCUGCAAAAACAGUAUAAAAAACUCCAUAGAGAAAGAAAUUCGUUGGCUUCCACAAUUUAAUGACUUAUCUCACUUGUAUACUUCUUCCACUGCCUAGAAAUAAAUUGACUCAUGGUCAUUUUU